AGAAAAUGGCGUUGAACACUUGGGUUUCUGACAGACUUCACGAUAUUCUUGGUUUCUCCGAUAAACAUACUGUCGAGUACCUUGUCAGUUUGAGCAGAAGCACUAAAUCUUCAGAAUCAUUUCGCGAUAAACUCGAAAGCUUUCUUGGUGCCUUGGACGGUCAAAUCUCAAACUUUGCAAAUGAUUUGUGGCAGCGUGUGCCCCAUCAAGAGGCGGGAGAGAACCCCAAUCGUGCUCGCGAGAGAGAAAUCGUUGCAGAACAGAAGCGAAAUAUGGCAUAUCGCAUGUUAUCCGAUGAUGAUGACGAAGAUGAUGAAGAAAUGGCGGCAAAAACGAAGUCGGCCGAACGAAGGACGGCGAAGCGACGAAAGCAUUUACGAAAGAAAGCGGAAAUGUCCGAGUCCAGCGAGGAAGACGCCGCUGAAGUGAAGGAAACUGCUGCAGAUUCGGAAGACGAAUGGGAGAGGAGCGAAAAGGAGAGAAUGAAAGAUCAGGAAGAAAGAGACGCAUUCUCAGCACGGUUGAAAGAAAAGGAUAAAGAGAAACAAAGGAAUGUGAUGGAACGAUCAGAGAAGAAGGCAUAUGAGGAAGCCAAGAAAAGACUAAAUUUGGACGAAGAAGAUCGUAAAAAAAUGCUUCCAAAGCUUCGUGAGAAAUCGAGGCGAGAUUAUGUGAAAAAACGUCAGGUGGAUCAGAUUGAUAUGCUUCAAGGAGACAUUCAAGAUGACGAGUAUCUCUUUGGCGACUUCAAUUUGAGCAAACGAGAGAAGAAGGAAAUUGAAUACAAGAAAACCGUGCUUAACUUAGCCAAGGAUUACAAGAAGGCCGGUGAACUAGAGAAGGUUGAUCGAUACUCCAUGCCGAAGGAGGGAACGAAGCCAUCAAAAUACGACGACGAAGUCAUCAUGGAAGAACUCGGUCCCAAUUAUGAGCAGAAGCAAUGGGAGGAAGACAAGCUUGUGCAGGCUAAGAUGAAAUUUGGUGCCAAAGAUGCUAAAUCUAAGAAUAAGGUGAAAGAUUAUGAUUUGAUGGUGGAGGAAGAAGAACAAAUCGCGUUUGUUUUGGCAGAAAAUGUUCCUGGCACUGUUAUUAAUAAUAAGGAACCUGAGUUAUCGGAGCAUCAGAAGAAACGAAUGACGAUAGAGGAGACAAGAAAAAGUUUGCCAAUAUUUGCAUACCGGCAAAGCUUAUUGGACGCCAUAAGAGACCAUCAGGUUUUGAUUAUCGAAGGUGAAACCGGAUCAGGAAAGACCACUCAGAUCCCUCAGUAUCUUUAUGAGGAUGGUUAUACCGCAAAGAAACUCAAGAUUGGUUGUACCCAACCAAGACGAGUUGCUGCCAUGAGCGUUGCUGCGAGAGUCUCUGAGGAGAUUGGAACCAAGUUAGGGAACGAGGUUGGCUACAGCAUUAGAUUUGAAGAUUGCUGUUCUGAGCGAACAAUUAUCAAGUAUAUGACCGACGGAAUGUUACUAAGGGAAUUCCUUGGGGAACCUGAUCUUGCAAGCUACAGCGUGAUGAUUAUCGACGAAGCUCAUGAAAGGACACUUCACACGGAUGUUUUAUUCGGUCUGGUCAAAGACAUCGCUCGUUUCAGACCAACGCUGAAAUUGCUCAUCUCCAGCGCGACUUUGGACGCGGAUAAAUUCUCCAGCUUUUUCGACGAUGCUCCGAUAUUUCGUAUUCCAGGUCGACGUUUUCCUGUUGAUAUUUACUACACUAAGGCCCCAGAAGCUGAUUACCUGGACGCGGUUGUGGUGAGCGUUCUGCAAAUUCAUCUCACUCAGCCAGACGGCGAUAUUUUGGUGUUUCUCACUGGACAAGAAGAGAUCGAAGCGUCGUUUGAAAUUCUGACCGAGCGGACGAGGAAACUAGGCUCUAAGAUAAAGGAGUUACUUAUUCUUCCAAUCUAUGCAAAUCUACCUUCAGAUAUGCAAGCGAAGAUAUUUGAACCCACCCCACCCGGGGCUAGGAAGGUUGUCUUGGCAACGAAUAUAGCGGAGACCUCGCUAACCAUCGACGGAAUUAUUUAUGUGAUUGACCCUGGAUUUUGCAAGCAAAAGAGUUACAACCCCAGGACAGGCAUGGAGUCUUUGGUGGUCACGCCCAUCUCGAAGGCUUCAGCUAAUCAGCGCGCUGGCCGUGCAGGCCGCGUUGCAGCUGGGAAAUGUUUUCGUCUCUACACAGCCUGGGCAUACAAGAAUGAACUGGAAGAAAAUACGAUCCCUGAGAUUCAGAGAACAAAUCUCGGAAAUGUCGUGUUGUUGUUGAAAAGUCUUGGAAUUAAUGAUCUGAUUCAUUUUGAUUUCAUGGAUCCUCCACCAGCGGAAACGUUGAUUUUAGCUCUGGAGCAGUUGUACGCUUUAGGAGCGUUGAAUCAUCACGGAGAACUGACUAAGCUUGGCCGCAGAAUGGCUGAGUUUCCAGUGGACCCAAUGAUGUCAAAAGCACUUAUCGCAUCAGAAAAAUAUUCCUGUACUGAUCAGAUUCUGACAAUCGCCGCAAUGCUGUCUGUAAACAACGCGAUAUUUUACCGCCCCAAAGACAAGGCAGUUCAUGCUGACAAUGCAAGAAAGAACUUCUUCCGUCCAGGGGGUGACCACCUCACUUUACUGAACGUGUACGAGCAGUGGGCUGAGACCAACUAUUCGACACAAUGGUGCUAUGAGAACUUCAUACAACACAGGUCGAUGAAACGUGCCAGGGAUGUUAGAGAUCAGUUGGAAGGGUUGAUGGAAAGAGUUGAAAUUGAAAUCACUUCAAAUCCUCACGAUUCCAUUGCCGUGCGGAAGGCGUUUACUGCAGGAUUUUUCUACCACACCGCCCACCUGGGGAAGGGCGGUCAAUACAAAACUGUGAAACAUCAACAGAUGAUUCAUCUAAGCAGUCUAUUUGAAGACAAGCCUCGCUGGUUAAUUUAUCACGAACUCGUUUUCACAACCAAGGAAUUUAUGAGACAGGUAUUUGAAAUUGAGAACACGUGGCUACUGGAAGUGGCUCCACAUUAUUACAAAGCGAAAGAAAUAGAGGACAGCACAAGUCACAAGAUGCCUAAGAAGAUCGGGGCAACAAAAGAACAACUACAAACGUGAUUACGGAAAGUUUCUCAUUUAAAGUCAGUAUCACACUUGCUUUGUCUAUGAAAAUAUCUUGCUUAUGGCGUUGCUGGACUGCAGUAAGCCUCGGUUUGAGAGUGUUGGCUGCGUGUGAAUAGCUCUAUCUGAGAUUGCAAGUAUACUUAGUGGUAAAAAUGAACAAAUACUAAAUGCUAAAUGCACUUUCGUGCAUUUAUCAAAUGAACAAAUGAUAAAUGCAUUAUCAUGCAUUUUAAAGGAAGAUCGGCCGGGUCGAAAUUCUUGUUAGAUAUGGCUUCCACCACAGUAUACUUCAUUUAACUUUUAUGCACAAUAUCAUUUUUUUAAAUCUGAGAUAUUUUAAAAUGACUCAGAAUUUGAAAAUUAAA